AUGGAGCUAGGCACUGGAUUCAGCUAUAAAGACCAAAUGAUGAGACAGAUAUUAAAGGAGCCAAAGCUGGAAAUGAGACUGCUGUUAAGAAAGCAGUCUUCUGUUAUGAAGGCAAUCAUGGGAAAGGCUAAACAAAAUCAUGAGCAAGAAAGACAUAGAGAUUCACAUGAAGCUCCUUCAAAGAAGACAGCCCUUCAUUUUGGUGCAGUAGAAUUUGUGACUGCCAUUACAGAUUAUUCCAGUAAGAUGGAAGCUGAGGAAAAAUUCCACUGGCUAACAUGUUCUGGCACAGUAGAGAUUCUGCCUCCCUCUGCAGUCCUGGCCCAUCUCCUAUUCCCACCAAUGGCCUGUUUGACCUUUGCCAGGUAUUUUGAGCCAGCUUUGGAGACAGGUUUUGGUGAGAAAGAGGUUAAGGGUGCUAAGAUUCUGCCAGAGAAACUGAAGAGGUUGCAAUCUCGUUUUUCAAUUAUGGCAUUUGGCAAGAAAGAAACCACAACUGAUCUCAUCCAGCUGUUUUGUGAUAGUAAAGAGGUGGUGCCUGCUGCGGAGGGUCUAGAUUGGGAAGAUAAAGAUGCUGCAGGAACGCUGGUCGGAAACGUGGUCCACUCUAGAAUCAUCAGCCCCCUGCGUCUGUUUGUUAAACAGUCUCCAGUGCCCAAGCCUGGCCCCCUGGCAUAUGCAGACAGCAUGGACAACUUUUGGGAUUGGCUGGCCAACAUCACAGAGGUCCAGGAGCCACUAACCAGAACUAAACGUCGACCAAUAGUAAAGACAGGAAAAUUUAAGAAAAUGUUUGGAUGGGGUGACUUUCAUUCCAACAUAAAAACUGUCAAACUCAACCUCCUCAUCACGGGGAAAAUCGUCGACCAUGGAAAUGGUACCUUCAGUGUUUAUUUCCGGCAUAAUUCAACAGGCCUGGGUAACGUUUCAGUGAGCUUGGUCCCUCCCUCUAAAGUGGUGGAGUUUGAAGUGUCUCCCCAGUCAACCUUGGAGACCAAGGAAUCCAAAUCUUUCAAUUGUCGCAUUGAGUAUGAAAAAACAGACCGAGCAAAGAAGACAGCUCUGUGCAACUUUGACCCAUCCAAGAUCUGCUAUCAGGAGCAGACUCAGAGCCAUGUGUCUUGGUUAUGCUCCAAGCCCUUCAAGGUCAUCUGCAUUUACAUUGCCUUUUACAGUGUUGAUUAUAAACUUGUGCAAAAGGUCUGUCCUGACUACAAUUACCAUAGUGAGACCCCCUACUUAUCUUCUGGAUGA